UAAGGGGCUCGGGUCAUGAUAUCAAUCUCUGAAUGCAUAUUAGGAUAUUUAUUGAAAUUGUUUUCCCCCUUCAGUCUCACACUAUUCUGCUGGUGCAGCCUACCAAGAGGCCAGAAGGCAGGACUUACGCUGACUACGAGUCUGUGAAUGAGUGCAUGGAAGGUGUUUGUAAAAUGUAUGAAGAACAUCUGAAGAGAAUGAAUCCCAACAGCCCCUCCAUCACAUAUGACAUCAGUCAGUUGUUUGAUUUUAUUGAUGAUCUGGCAGAUCUCAGCUGUCUUGUUUACCGAGCUGAUACACAGACAUACCAGCCUUAUAACAAAGACUGGAUCAAAGAGAAGAUCUACGUGCUCCUCCGUCGACAGGCCCAACAGGCCGGGAAGUAAUUGAAUUGGAGGCAUUAGGGGCUGGGUAGGGCUUGGAACAGGUGCAUACAGUGUGCUGUAGUGAACAUUUUGUAUGAUAGUGAUCCUGUUUCCAUUUUGUUACACUAGAGCCAAGAUCGAAUGUGUGACAUGAAACGUGAAUGAUAUUUUUAUUCUGAAACCCCCCCAUGGCCCCUUUGCUCCUUUUUCUUUUCUUUUCUUUUCUUUUUUUUUUUUUUACUUAAACAUUUUUAUGAUAAUUCAAAUAGGAAGUGUUUUUGCCAUUUAAGGUUGGUUCAGGUCCUUGAAACUAUUCAUACCUGCUUUAUAGCAGUGUGUGCACUAACCCUUCUGGGGGUGGGGUGGUGACAAGGUUAGUUUUGUCCUCUGGGAAAGUCUUAGUGAAAAAUAAAGAAAUGUUCUGUAGUUGUUUUCUUACUGUGU